ACCGCCACUCUCUGUUUUUCGACCCAGAUUUCCAGCUUUUAAUCCAGACAGGAAACUAAGAACAACAUUCCAAACGAAAAAAAAAGAAAGAAAAAACUGUUCCGAUUUUCGAGGUACACGUAUCUGAAGCUGAGCAAUGUCGUCCCCCGUAAAUUCAGGAAAGAAGAAAGGGGUUCCCGGAACACCAAAGACACCUCGAGAUCUAGGUUCUCAGUCGCAGUCACGGCGUAAGUCGGUUCCCAGAGAAAUGCUGCAGGUGUGUGGACAGGAUGAGCCUGCAAAGGAAUCCCCAUUAUCAGAUUUUAAAACGCCGGAUCGCUCUCGACAGAACACGCCGGCGACGGAAAACUCGCCUCUUGAUGGCAAGAGAAGUGGGAAUUUUACUCCAAAAACCCCAGAAGCACCAUUGCGUGAUCAUGGGCCAUUUACUCGCCGGUCCAUUUAUGAGAAGGAACUGCCACGUAAAGCUCUAUUCCAAGGACCAGGGUCCCCAUGCGAAUUCUCCUCUGAAUAUAAAACUCCAGAUCUGUCUCAUCAGAAAAUGUCUCUUGAUAGCACAAGCGAUGGGAAGCCUAUUACGGCACCAAGCACACAUCCCCAAGAGGCACCAAGGAAGAGCCGUCGCUCUCAUAGUCGUCUGCUCAAUAACCCCGAGAUGCCGCUGCAACCCAGUUCUCUAUUCCAAUAGCCUGCUUUACCGGCCAGACUCCCCAUGCGAAUACUCGAAUUCCAAUCAGCGUGGGGUAAAAGUUUGAUCUUAAAAGAUUUAUAGAGAUAUUUGGGAGGCUUACUAGAAUAAACCUAGCUAGAUGAUUUCGUUUUCAGGCUUUCCACUGUUUAUAGCUUGUUUGUACUCUCUUCUUCUUCUUCUUCUAUUCUCCUCUGUUUUCUGUUCCCUUUUAUUCAAUGUGGAGAAAAGGGAAAAAGGAGGGAACUACAAAGUUGGGUCUUUCCCACUAUAUAUGCUUGUUUCUAAACUCUAAUAAGAGUAUGUUAUUAAGCUUUCAA